AUGCACGGGGAGCAUCCGGGGGCAGAAGAAAAGAUGCCUCGGAGAAUUAUCAGAUGGUGGAGAUGGAAAUAUUGGAAGGUGCGUAUUCCCGCCGUCUGGAUGCUAAGGAAAAUCAUGUCAGGCUUCUUUUCGAGCUUCGAGGGGCACCGGAAUCCCCCAGAAACCACCACGACCAACGACUCCAAAAUGACAAACGGUGACUAUAUUAUCUCUGUCCCGGCUGACGAGAUUCUCCCGGUCACAAAGGUCCCUGCGUUGGAUACAAUCGAUCAGUAUGCUGUGGAAAGGGUAGCCGGCGAAGUUGCGCAAAGUCCCGCGAUUGAGCUGUCUUGCGACGCCGGUUCUCGGGAUGUCGCGAAAGGAAUCGUGCAAGCUUACGCUCGUUUUGUCUCUCAUUUUACCGGCCUUGAAGAUGUGGCUUUUGCGAUUUCCCGCGACUCGAGUUAUGUGUCGACAGAGUCGCGGCGCGCAGUCGUUUGCGCGUCGGUAUUUGCGGAAGAGGAAGCAGGCAAGACCUGCAAUUUGCGCGAGGCCGACUAUGCUCGUCUCGACAAGGAUGAAGUCCAGUUUGCUUUGGAACUGCGAAAUGCUGAGCCUGAAAAUGGUGACCAGCAUGCUGGAUCGGAAGAUUCAUUUACUCUACUUGCGCAGCCAGGCGCAGGGAAUGGCGUCUGGCAAUUCAGCUUCGCAUACCCCCAGCGACUAAUUCCCGACGCGGCAGUCACCCAGCUUCUCAAGGUGAUCGCGUCGUUCUUGACCCAUUCUGCCAUUUCCCCUCGUUUUGCCAUACCCUCCGAAGCCGAUAAUACCCCGAAUCCCUCUAUCCUUAACUUCCCACCACUUAUGACUCCUCCGUCGCGCGACAGCGACAAGGAUGUGGAGCGCCCCAUUUCCCCGUUUCUGCUGCAUGCUGCCUUUGAGGGCUGGGCCCAGAGCAGACCUGAAGCAGUUGCGUUGGAUUUUGUACACUCCUUGCCAUCCGCAUCCACCGAAGCCGAACACAGCGUGUUGACGUACGGCGCGCUCAACACAGCAGCCACGCGCUUGGCUGCGCGCCUGCGAGAGCUGUGCGCGACAGCUCCAGGCACGGACGAAGGUCGGAUUAUUCCGGUUUACAUGACUACUUCGCCCGAACUCUACAUUUGCUACCUUGCUGUUCUGAAGGCUGGGUAUGCUUUCUCUCCGAUUCCGCAAGAUGCCCCCGAACAGCGUGUGAGGGAGAUUCUCGAAGACAUCGCUUCUCCUGUCAUCCUGGGCAACACCCCCGAACCUUCCUUCGGACCCUGGCGCCACGACGAAUCUAACGCGCCUACAUGGCUUGACGUUCCUGAGGUUACAGGGUGGCGCGACUUGCAAGGAGAGACCGCAGUGUCCGCUGACACUGUUCCUUUCGACGCACCGGAAAUCAAAGCAGACCAGACAGCCUAUCUGUUAUUCACCAGUGGCUCCACUGGCAAGCCCAAGGGUGUCCAAGUCCACCAUAUGGCCGUUGCGUGCUCCAUCGAAUCCCACUCUACCGCGAUCCCGCUCCCAGGCAACUCUGCUGGUGACUUCCGCUGGUUCCAGUUCGCAGCCCCGACGUUCGACCCCUCCUUGAUGGAGAUUUUCGUCACUUUGAGCAGCGGCGCUACUCUUUGCUCCGCCAACCGCAGCCUUACCCUGACCGACCUCGAGGGCACGAUCAACGAGGCCAGAGCCACCAUCAUGAUGGCCACGCCCAGUUUGGCUGCCUUGCUGCGUCCAUCGCGCCUGACCACCUUGGAGUCUCUCUGGACUAUGGGCGAGAAACUUAACCGGACCGUCAUUGACAACUUCGCAACGGACGAGUCGAGGAUGCUCGUCAACGCCUACGGUCCGACUGAGGGCGCAAUCAACUGCACGUUCCUUGGUCCAGUCGAUUACUCCGUCCGUGGCUCCAUCAUUGGAGAGGCUUUGCCAACCUGUUCCAUGCUUGUCCUCGACCCCGAUAGCCAUCUCCCCAAGGCCGUCCCCGCAGGUCUCGCUGGUGAGCUGGCCAUUGGUGGCCCCCAGGUUAGCAAGGGCUACCUGAACCGUCCCACGGAGACCGCCAAGGCGUUUGUUUACAGCCCGGAAUUUGGAUACGUGUACCGCACUGGCGACAUGGCCCGUAUCGUCUGGGACGAUUCCGGCCGUGAAGUCCUGGAAUUCCUUGGUCGUAUCACUUCUGACCAGGUCAAGGUUAGCGGUCGUCGACUUGAACUUGGUGAAGUCGAAUCUGUUCUCGCUACUGUCAGUGGAGUGACGGAGGUUGUUGCUAUUGUCUCCAAGCGCGACCAGCAGACGCAGGGUAGCGAGCAGAUCGUCGCGUGUCUCGUCACAGACAGCGAAUCCGAUAGGCAGACCAUUGUGCGACAAGCCCAUGAUAACACCCAUCGCCACCUUUCCGACUACAUGUGUCCGUCUGUUUAUGCUUUCUUCAACGCGCUGCCCCGGUCCAGCUCUGGCAAGGUGGACCGCAAAGCCAUUUCUGCGAAAUUGCAACAGGGUAGCAGCGAUGUCGAGAUCAUCUCUCCUCCGCGGGCCGCUGAUCUCAAUGGCGACUUGGCUGACUGGGACGUCCCGGCUGAUUCAGACCUGUUGUCGUUGCGGCAGCUUAUUAUUUCUCUCCUUUCCGAGGCAACCAAUGAGGAGACCUCCGCCAUCAAGCCGGAUGCAAGCCUCUACUCCCUGGGCGUGGACAGUCUUGGAGCCAUGCGUCUGCUCCAGAAACUCAGGGACAACUCGAUCACUGGCCUCUCCGUGGGAGACAUCCUCCAAGCGGAGACUCCCAGAGCGCUUGUUUCGACUGUAUCGCAAGUUCGUCAAUCAGAAAGCUCUGGCGCUGAGGCUCAGAAGGAGAAGGACGACCAGCUCCAGCAGCGUCUCGUUGCUUUCAACGCCAAGAACCUUUCGACAUGUGCGGAGAGACUUGAACUCAGCGCUGACCAGAUCGAGAAGGUCUUGCCCACCACUGCGACCCAAUCUGGUAUGCUCGCCAGUUUCCUGCGAAGCAGCUCCGACAAGACCUUCGAGACGCGUUCCUACAUCUACCACUCGGUGCUUCCUCUCGGAGCUGGUGUGGAUGUCGACCGUGUCAAGGGUGCCUGGGAUACCGUGACUCAGAGCUACGACUCUUUCCGGACGGCCUUCUGCUGGCUCGACGACGACAUGGCCCCGUUCGCGCAGUGCAUCAUGGCUCCCGGUGCCUCUUCUGAGCAACACUGGAACAUUUACAAUGUUUCGGAAGGGUCUUCGGAGGAAGAGACAAUGCAGACUGUUCUGCGACACGUAGAGAACACUAUCAGCCUGAGCUCUCCUCCAUGGGCAAUCUCGGUCAUCCAGACCCCCGAGAAGUGCACCUUUAUCCUGAGCAUGUUCCACGGUAUCUUCGAUGGUGGCUCCUUGCAGCUCCUGCUCGAAGACGUCUCUUGCGCUUACGAAGGAAAGCCCCUCGUCCAGCGGACUUCCCUCGAGCACAUCGUCAAGCACCACUUCCAAGCCGACCAUGCCGAAACGGCGGCUUUCUGGCAGAAGCACUUGGACAACCACUCGCCCGUUGGUUUCCCGUCUGUUACGCCCUUCCGCCCGCCCACCGCUAAGAAGACAGACGCCGUGGAAAUCACUGCCCGGACUGGUUACGACGACCUGAAGAAGCUCUCCCGGAAGAGCGGCUCGACUCCUCUGUCCGUGCUUCAGGCUGCUUGGGCUUCCGUUUUGUUGGCCUACACCGGAAACCCUGACCUCGAUGUCGUGAUUGGUAGUGUUGUGUCUGGCAGACUCGACCCGGAGUCCGAGGCCUGUAUUGGACCUACCUUCACGACUGUUCCCGUUCGACUGUCCCUCAACCAGAUCUCGAAGGAUGGAGAGUUCUGGACGAACCAGUCCGUCGCACGUCACUUGACCUCUUUCAACGCGAAGACUCUUUCCCACCUGCAGCCUCGUCUUGGAUCUAUGGUCACGGCUGAUGGCAAGCUGCCGUACGACACUCUCCUCGCGUAUCAAGACUUCAACGCUGGAUCCAGCGAAAGCAGCCUCUGGACCUCCAUCAAUCAUCCGCCCAUGGCCAACGAUUUCGCGGUGAUGGUCGAGGUUUGGCCUGAUGUGGACUCGAGCCUCACCUUGCGCGCCAGUUUCAACCACGCGCAGCUCGACCGUGACGCGGCUGAGAUGAUGCUCCGACAGCUGGAUGACAUUGUCGCCUUCGUCCUUGAGCGACCGGACGAGGACUUCUUGACCGCUCCGUCGAACACCCAGGUCGGCUUGAAGUCCUCUUGCAACCCUGACGCUGCGAUCACGGAGGCUUCUCAGACGACCCUGAUCCACACCCAGUUCGAGGAGCAUGCGCGAUCCAACCCCGAAGAUCUGGCGUUGAUUUUCAAGGGCGACCUCGAAGACGAGAACAGUCCUCUCAACAUCUCCUGGACAUACGCGGAGAUGGAUGCUCGUGCUGCUCGUCUCGCCCAGAACCUGGUCGAUGUCUACGGCCCGCUCACCAACAAGGCUGUCCCGAUCUGCAUUGAAAAGAGCCCUGCCCUCUAUGUCGCUAUCCUGGGUAUUCUCAAGGCUGGCGGUGCCUGGUGUCCUAUCGAUACUUUCUCUCCUGCGCAGCGCCGUCACGAUCUCGUCGCGCGUACUGAGUCGAAGGUGCUCCUCGUCUCUAGUGCGGACGGUGCCCAGCCCGCAGAUGCCAUCCCCCCUGGUGUCGAUGUGGUCGAUGUCAGCCCUCUCUCCGGAAAGGAGCCAGUCGACGCUCUUGCGGUUGACGAGGUCUCGCAGCGGGCAAGCCCUAGUGACAUGGCCUACUUGAUUUGGACCAGUGGUACCACCGGUGCUCCCAAGGGUGUGCCCAUCACGCAUUCCGCUGGUGUAUCGAGUAUGCGAUCGCUGCAGAAGGAUGUUCCGACGAAUGUCGCUGGCGGCGUGGUUCGGUGCUUGCAAUUCUCCGCUUACACCUUCGAUGUGUCUGUGCAAGAUAUCUUCUACACUUGGGGUGUCGGUGGUGUUCUCAUUUCUGCGUCGCGGGAGAUCAUGCUUGGGUCUUUCUCUCAACUCGCCAACACCACCAACGCAACCCACGCCCACUUGACCCCUGCCUUCUCUGCUGGCGUCUCGCGAAAGACCUGCACGACGCUCGAGGUCAUCACCAUGAUCGGUGAGAAGUUGACCACAUCCGUUGCCGAUGACUGGGGUACGGAUAUGCGCGCAUACAACACGUACGGUCCCGCCGAAGCCACCGUCGUGUCGACACUCCGUGAAUUUGGCAACGAGUCGAAGAACAUCAAGAGUGCUAACAUCGGUUGGCCCAUGGACACCGUCUCCGUCUUUGUCACCCGCAACCAGAAGCAAGUGAUGAAGAACGCCGUCGGUGAACUCGCCCUGGGUGGUCCCCAGCUUUCCCCCGGUUACCUGAACCAGGACGACGUCACCCACGCCAAGUACGUCUGGAACGAGGAAGCUUCCCAGACAGUGUACUACACUGGUGACUUGGUCCGGAUGCUUGCUGAUGGCUCUCUCGAGUACAUCAACCGUGUCGACGAUCUUGUCAAGCUGGGUGGUAUUCGUGUCGAGCUGAGUGAGAUCAGCUACUCGCUUGGCGAAUGCCACCCGCUCGUCGAAAACAUCGAGACUUGCAUCAUCAACCGUCCUGACCGACCUGCGAAGGUGGUCGUUGCGUUCCUCUCGGCUCCUGGUGCGGUGUCUGAGGAUGACAAGGAGCUGUUGUUGCUCAGCGAUGUUGCUGUCGAGAUUGCCCGUGCUGCUAGCGAGCAGGCCCAAUCUGUUCUUCCUGACCACAUGAUCCCGUCUGUUUAUCUUGUUGUCGGCAGCAUCCCCAGAACCCAGUCGGCCAAGACCGAUCGUCGUGCAUUGCAAGCUGCAUAUGCCUCUGUCGACAUUGAAGACUGGGAGGCCAGAAUGAACCCCGGGAACGGUUUGACUGACGACUUGGUGGACGACCAAGGCAACGCUACUACUGUGUCCCAGAUCGUCGAGACCAUCUCCGCCCUUGCCAACAUCUCGACCUUCAUCAUUACGAAGACCAGCAGACUUGGAAGUCUUGGUAUCGACUCGAUCCACGCCAUUCGUCUUGCUUCCCGACUGAAUGAGGCCGGAUAUCGCCUUUCCGUUGUCGAUGUGCUUCACUGUGUCACUGUCCAGGACCUUGUCAACUUGGCCUCUGCCUCGACAGAUGUCAGCGGCGUCGUCGUUGAUGCCUUCGACGUCGAGGAGUUCAACCAGCGCUGGGUCGGAUCGGUCAAAUCCAAGGUCAAGGAUGAACUGUCCGUUGUCAAAGCUACUACGAUCCAGGAAAGCUUGCUGAGUGAGACCAUGGGUACUUACAACAUGUACUGGAGCAACCACUUCGUCUCGCUUGACUCGACCGUCGACCUCACACGCCUCAGACAAUCUUGGUUCGCCGUCAGCCAAAAAGCCGAGGCUUUGCGAACUGGUUUCAUCCCGGUCGCUGAAAUCAGCAACGUCAACGUCCAGGACAACCUCGACUUCUCGCUCUUGCAGCUGAUCUACGCGUACCCUCUUGUCGACUGGGAGAGUGUUGAGUGCACUGAUGCGGACUGGAGGGAAACUCUUGACACUCGUCUCGAGGCUCUCAUGAGCAAGCACCAGGCGAACUACUUCAGAAACCCGCCUUGGGCCGCUACGGUCUUGGACAAGGGAAGCGAGCGCAUCAUGGUCUUCACCGUCCACCACUCCAUCUACGAUGGCCCGUCUCUCGAGUUCAUUAUGGACGAUGUCCAAUCGGCCUACGGCUACAAGCCUCCCACUCGGAACCAGAUGCGUGACGCUUUGUCCGUUGUUCUCCCGACCGACCAGAGAAGCGCCGAGACUCGCGACUUCUGGCAGACUGAGCUCGAGAAGUUCUCCCAGAUCGAAGCUCCCGUCUGGCCAGACUUGACUGGAAAGCGUGUCGCUCCUGGCACCGAGCCAGAGCACAAGUUCAUCACCGAGGAGAUCCUGCUGACCGAGCCUGUUGGCAAGCUUCAGUCCGCUGCUACCCAACUCGGCGUUUCCUCCAUUGCUUCGAUCGUCCGUGCUGCGUGGGGUUGUGUUUGUCUCUCCUAUUUUGGAACGCCAGCUGCUGUGUUCGCCGAGACGCUUUCUGACCGUGUUCUGGAUGCGACUCUUGAGAACUGCAUUGGUCCGCUCCUCUCGGUUGUUCCCGUUCCAUUCCACCCUCAAGGAACAGCCCGCGAACUCCUGACCGACCAGCACCGGAUCUCCGUUCAGUCGUGGAAGCAUCGCCACAUCCAUGCUCGCGAGGUCCGGAAGAUGCUCAAGCGGGCUCGCGGUGAGCCGUUGUAUCCCGCCAUCUUCACCUUCCACAUCACAGACCAACAGCCGGGCGAAAAAACCUCUGGACUCGACAUUUGGAACGCCAUCGAGGAUCCGAUCGGUUUGCAUGUCGAACAUCCCAUGGCCGUCAACGUCUUCCAGCGACCGGAUGGUGCUCUCAUGGUCGAGGCAUCUGCCGACAGCGCGAUCAUCAGCGAAGAGCAACUGUCCAUUUUCGCUCGCCAGAUUGACGCCUUCGUCAGUGCAAUGAUCGCUUAUCCUGACGAGCCGGUCACGCAACUGGUACAGCACUUCCCGACGGACUUGCUUGCUGUUUCGAACCAGGUGGUCACCCAGGAGGUAAAGAACUCGGUCAACCUCAGUCCGACUCAUUGGCUGGAGCAGUACGCUCAAACGAACCCCGACUGGACUGCCGUCGAGGCGGCUACGGCCAUCAGCGAAGAUGGCAUCGAGAAGGAGGGCAUGUCUUUCGGUGAACUCAACGCCGCUGCGAACCAGGUGGCUGCGUUUAUCGCGUCUCAGGGCCACAAGAACCGAAUGAUUGCCAUUUGUGCUGGUCGCAAUAUUGCUUCGUACCCCGUCACCAUCGGUAUCUACAAGUCUGGCAAUGCGUACCUUCCCAUCGACGAGAAUCUUCCCAACGACCGCAAGGCGUUCUUGGUCGAAGAUGGUGAAUCGCCAAUCGUCUUCACUGAGUCGUCUUUCGCUGCGACGUUCGCAGAUGUGCCUGAGUCCUGCCGCGUGAUCUGUAUCGAUGACCCAUCCUUCCAAGAGACCGUGGCAACGAUGCCAUCCGAGGACACCGAUUAUCAAUCCCACCCAGACGACCUCUCCUACCUGCUCUACACAUCCGGUUCGACUGGUAAGCCCAAGGGUGUCAUGAUCACCCGAGGCAACCUUUCGUCGUUUAUCGAGUCGCUCUCCGAAUUCAUCUGCGACAUCUCCCCCGAGACUAUGAACCUCGGUGGAAAGGGUAGAUGGAUUGCCCAAGCCAGUCGCGCCUUCGACCCCCACAUCGUGGAGAUGUUCUUCCCAUGGCGCCACGGAAUGGCGACCGUGACUGGACCCCGGAUGAUGCUUCUGGACAACUUGCAAUUGACCAUGUCCAAGUGGGAGAUCACGCACGGCAGUCUUGUCCCGUCUGUUCUUGACCAGACCAACACCCUCCCUGAGGACUGUCCCAGCAUGGUCUACCUCAGUGUCGGAGGUGAGAAGAUCUCGCAGAAGGUAUUGGAUACCUGGGGUCUUUCGCCGAACGUCGCCCUCGCCAAUGCCUACGGUCCCACCGAAGUGACCAUUGGUUGUACCUUCGCCCACGUCAAGCCGGAUACGAACCUCCGCAACAUCGGACCCCCGUUGACUGCCUGUACCGGUCAUGUCUUCCUUCCUGGCACCAUGACCUAUGCUCUCCGCGGUCAGACCGGUGAACUGUGCUUCUCGGGAGACAUUGUCGGCAGGGGCUACCUGAACCGCCCUGACGCAAAGGGAUAUGCCGCUGGUCCUAACGGCGAAAAGAUGUAUAGAACUGGUGAUAUUGGCCGUUUGAUGCCUGAUGACUCUGUCGAGUAUCUCGGACGUGGUGACGACCAGACCAAGAUCCGUGGUCAACGUCUGGAACUUGGUGAGGUUUCAGAGGUUCUGCGCGCAUCGUCGACAAUUGACAUUGACGUCGCCACCGCGGUUGUUCAGCACCCUGGUCUUUCCAGAGUACAGCUCAUCUCUUUCGUGUCCCGCUCGAACUCCGUCAAGUCUCGUUCGAAGGCCGGGCUGGGUGAGAAGGGCUACGAGGUCACUCUCCUUCAGUCGGACGUUGCAACUCUCGGCAAAGAACUUCAGGAAGCUUGCGCAAAGAAGGUGCCAUCAUACAUGGUUCCGGAGAUUGUUCUGCCUGUUACCUUCAUCCCCCUCGCCGCGAUGUCCGGAAAGGUGGACAUGAAGCCGCUGCACGCCAUCUUCGCCAACCUGCCGCUCUCUGCGGUCCUCCGAGGAAACAACGCUGGAGCCGUUGAUGGAUCUGCUUUUGCCGACCGCCCUCUCAACGACAACGAGCAGGCUGUUGUUAACGAAAUAUGCACCGUUGUUUCGACCGAUCCUUCUAUCAUCGGCCCCAUGACCAACAUUUUCGAAGUUGGUAUCGACAGUUUGAGCGCUAUCAACCUUUCCGUCAAGCUUCGCAACAUUGGCUACGAUGCUUCUGUCGCCCGUGUCAUGAACAACCCUGCCAUUGAGCAACUCGCUCGCUUGCCUAGAAGCACGAACAAGGCCAACGGCGAUGCUGCUGCUGCAGAGCUCCGCCAGAAGCUCGAAGCUAUGGACGCGCAGUUCCGUCAGAAUGCGCCCGAGUCGGUCGAACUGUCUCGUGUGGCUUCUGUCCGCCCAUGUCUGCCUCUGCAAGAAGGUCUGGUUGCCCGAUCGAUCAACAGUGAAGGGCGUCAGCUUUACGUCAACCACAUUGCCUUGCAGCUCGCGGAGUCUGUCGAUGCCGACCAGCUGAAGAACGCCUGGCAGACUGCUGCUCUCGAUAAUGAAAUCCUGCGUACCGCAUUUGCUGCUCUGGACCAGGAGAUGGUGCAGGUUCUUUUCUCCGCGGACUCGUAUGAGAUCCGCUGGGAGGAAGAGGAAGCUGGUAACCUGGACGAGGCUGUUGCAGUCCUCAACGCGCAGCAAGAAUCGCUCUCCCAGGACAUCAUAUCCAACAUUUCCGCUGUUCCGCCCGUGCGAUUCGUUCUGAUCAGGUCUUCCUCUACCAAGCAGCCUUUGCUCCUCGACAUCUCGAUCCACCAUGCUCUCUACGAUGGUGAAUCGUUCUCGAUGCUGAUCGAAGAAAUUGCAGCCCGUUAUGCCAACGACUCGGUCCCUGAGAGAGGAUCGCCGUCUGCCUUCGUUGAGCAUGUCUACUCUCAGGACUUGGAGAAGGCCAAGCAGCACUGGACCACUGCGCUCGCUGGUUGCCAUCCCACCAUUCUCCGGUCGGAUUCAGAUAUCUCAGAGACAUCCAACACCCAUCGGGCGCUCCGGAGCAAGCUCUCGCACCUGGAGCGCUGCUCGGCAGCUCUCAAGACGACUGUGCCUUCCCUUGUGCAGGCUAUCUUCGGUCUCCUGCUUGCUGAUCUGGUGGACGCUGGUGAUGUUACCUACGGCACUGUGCUGUCCGGUCGGGCAGUCUCGGUGCCAGGUGCUGAUUCCGUCCUCCUUCCCUGCAUUACCACAAUCCCCGGCCGUCUCGACACAACCGGCCUGACCACCGUUAACGAAGUCGUCACAACCGUCCAGAAAUCGGCAGUCAAGUCUCUCGAGUUCCAGCACACCUCGCUCCGUCACAUUCAGCGUUGGCUCAAGUCCGAGACUGCUCUCUUCGACUGUCUGUUCUCUUUCAUUCGAAGCACGAGCCCGUCAGAGUACAACUUCUGGAGCGAGCUUGAAAGCCACAUGCCCGCGGAUUACCCGUUUGCCGUUGAGGCUGAGGCCGAUUCGGCAGAAGACAUUGUCCACCUCAACUGUCGCUUCUCGACCUCCUUCAGUGCUACUUACAGUGCGGAGGAGUUCCUCGAGAAGAUGGACGCUGUCUUGUCGAGUGUCGUGGCUGGGGAGAAUGUCUCGUUGGAGAAUUUCAAUCUUUCGCAGCCUCAGUCCGCUUCCUCGUCGGCUGUCUCUGUCAAAUGGGACGAGACCACUUGGUCCGCCGAAGAACUGCAGAUACAGGAAAUGGUUGCCAACUUCUGCGGCCUCGACAAGUCCGCUGUUUCCAAGGGCGCCUCUUUCUUGGCCCUUGGUAUCGAUUCCGUGACUGCUAUCCAGUUCUCUCGCAACCUGCGCGAUGCCGGAUUCAACGCUUCCUCGUCGGAUGUUAUGCGCUUCUCUUGCGUGGGCGCCUUGGCUGCUCAGCUUUGCUCGCAGGAAGCGAAGGAGGAAGACAACUCUACAACUCCGUCCGUCGAUAUCAAUACAUACCAUUCUCACGUCCCUGUUCUCGGACCUAACGACUCGGUCUCUGCCAUGUUCUCGUGCACGCCUUUGCAGUCCUCUAUGAUCACUGGAACCCUUGGUUCUGCCGGUGCUGUAUAUACCCAUCCGCACCCCGUUCGUCUUGCCGAUGAUGUGGACGUUCCUCGACUCAAGGAAUCCAUCACCCGGAUCAUCCAAGCGAACGACAUCCUCCGGACUUCCUUCCACUCAAUUGAGGAUCUCGGCUAUGCCUGGGUUGGAGCCGUGCAUACCAGCCCGGCUCUGAACUGGCACGAGAUCACUCUUCCCUCCACCGUCGACCCCUUGUCCGAGAUCUCCUCCAUGUUCCGCUUCGACAAGGAGACUUCCUUCACAGUGCCUCCGAUUCGAUCUGUCCUGGUCACCCGCCCUACCGACAAGCUUCUGGUGAUCGUUAUGCAUCAUUCGCUCUACGACGGUGCCUCGCUGCCUUUCGUCUUCGAGGAUCUCGCAAGAGCUUACCAAGAGGACACCAUUUCCGAGCGACCGCAAUUCUCCGACACCGUCAACUUUGUGCUCAACGGUCAAGAACAGGCGACCGAGUUCUGGACCCAGAAGCUCCUUGGCUACGAAGUUACAGAGCUUCCUCGUCUGCCGUCUUCCGAGUCGCAAGACCAGAUGUUCAUGUCUGAAUGUCGCGUUGGUCUUGACAUUGGCAACAUCAUUGAGGCCUGCAAAGCGAUGGAAGUUACCGUCCAAAGCGUGUCGCUUCUGGCCUACUCCAAGGUUUUGACGAACCUUCUCGGCAAGCGAGACGUUGUCUUCGGACAGGUUCUCGCCGGACGUUCUCUGCCCACCCCCAGAGCAGAGAAAACGAUCGGUCCUCUGUUCAACACCGUCGCUCAGCGUGUCACCUUCGAGCCCAAGUUCUUGAGCAACAAGACCAUGGCUCGUCGUCUGCAACAGCUAACCACUGACUCUCAAGUUUACCAGCAUGCUCCUCUGAGAAAUGUUCAAAACCGCCUGAGACAGAUCGACGGUCUGAAGUCUGCCUCGCUUUUUGACACUCUCUUCGUUUUCCAGAAGAGCGCCGACAUUGACACCUCUGUGCUUGACGGACAGCAAAUUUGGACGCCCUACAACGCCGACGACUACGCCGCGCAAGCCGAACACAAGAUCAAUAUCGAGAUUGACCACGCUCAGGACGGAAUCGUGGCCAGAGCUACAUGCAACGGCGAGUAUCUAUCGCAAUCCAAGCUCGACGAAGCCCUUGAGCUUUUCAGUUCCGUGUUCCAGGAUAUUGUUGAACACCCGACCCGAUGCGCGACCGUCAUCCCCGAUGGACUUGGCGAGCUGCCCCUUCGACUUUCUCUGGAGGAGGUGAAGAGCCCUGAGGUUGAGCAGCGCGAGACGUCUCGCGUCCCUGCUCACGAGGGUCUUGUUCAAGGAAUCCUUGCCGAGGCCGCUGGUGUUUCUGCUGACAAUAUUGCGCCCGACACGAGCAUUUUUAACAUCGGCUUGGACUCUCUUUCGGCCAUUCGCAUUGCCUCGAUCUGUCGCUCAAAGGGCCUGAAGGCCGGCGUCGCCGACAUCUUGCAAGGAAACACGCUCCGUGGUAUCAGUCAGCGUAUCCAGCCGACUUCUGCAUCGAACGUACAGGUGCAAGGCCCGCUCCUCCGUGACUACAACCGUAUCGAGUCUGCCGUUCUUGGACAACUUGGAUUGCAGAAGGACGCGAUCGAGACCAUUCUUCCUUGCCUUGGCGGACAAGUGUACCACUUGGCCAGCUGGAUCAAGUCCAACAGAACUCUGUUCGAACCCGCCUGGUCGUACUUCAGCAACGAACGAAUUGACGAGGUCCAACUCGAGAAGGCCUGGCUUCAGCUCCGUCAACGCCACCCGAUCCUGAGAACUUGUUUCGCCGUCACUUCUCCAUCCGACGCUUACCAGGUCGUCAUGAAGCACGCCGAUAACGACACCUUCAAGGUCAUCAACUCUCCUCUUACCGUCACCGAAGCUGCCAAGGAACAAGCGAAAGAAGAAGGCCUGCACCCGUCGUCCUUGUCCGUUCCACCCGUCCGCCUCCGCCUCCUGAAAGCCAGCGACCGUGACGGAAUCCAGGUCCUGAUCAACCACGCUGCCUACGAUGCCUGGACGAUGCCAAUGUUCGUCGCUGAACUUGCCAAGCUCUACCGCGGAGAAGCGCCCGAGACCAACCCCAACUUCCCGUCGUUUGUCGACUACUCGGUGCGCUCUGUUCGUGGUCUCGACGAAUCGGCUUAUUGGUCGUCGGUUGUCGGUUCCAGCGCCCCAACCUUGAUCAAGGGUGGUGAAGCUUCCGGACCUGAGGAACAGUUGUUCGUCGGUGCGUGGGAGAAAGUUAGGAACCUCUCGGAGAUGGAAAAUGCCUGUCGCUCUUCCGGAAUCGGUCUUCAGAGUGCCGUCCUGCUCGCCGUUUCACGUUGCCUCGCUCGCUCGACUGGUGUCGAAAGCCCGACCAUGGGAUUGUACCAGACCGGACGAUCCGCCUCCUUCACUGACAUCGAGCGUCUUUCCGGUCCUUGCCUGAACGUAACACCCUUCGUCGUCCCCAACGCAGAGCAGUCGAACACCGGCCUGCUUGAGAAGACCCGUGACAUCCAGUCUUCCCUCGCCAAGCGCGUCAGCUACGAACAAAGCUCUCUCCGCGACAUCCUCGCCCGCUGGGCCAGCACCAAGGGUACCCAGACGCCCCUCUUCAACGCAUGGGUCAACCUCCUCUGGAUGCAAGCGCAGCCCCCGGUCAACGGCGAGCUCUUCGAACCCCUCCGCAUAGGUGUGCCAACGGACUUCAUCCCGUCGGAGCCUCUGCCUCCUGUGGAUGAGAUGUCGACUUCGGUCGCUGCUUUGGAUACUUCGUACAUCCCUGACGCGAAUGUUUACAUUGAUAUUGGUCCUGAUGUUCGGACGGACUCGAUUGGAUUUGGUGUGAGAGUUGAAGGUGGUCUUUUGACCGAAGAUGAGGUGCAGGAGUUUGUGGGUGAAAUUGGAAAAGAGAUUGAGGGGAUUGUUUCUUCGUUGCGUUAGGCUGGUCCUGGCAACGAACAAAAACAAAAAAAAAAAGCAUUUGCAUUUGUGUAAUUUGAUAGACUGAUAUUUGUUUUGUAUAUGGUUUCUGUAUAUAGUUGCAUCGAGCAUCGAGUAUAAUUUAG